GCCUGACGUCAGCUGGCUCUCCGCUCCUCCGGACUCAGCGCCGCGUAAAAAUGCUGCUCUCCGUGCCGCCAAGGACAGGAAUCAGCCCUUACAGCGGCUACACCGGCAAACUCAACAACAGGAAGCAGACAUAUGUGCUGCCGUCCAACCAUCAGAUGGCUUCUCCAAGCCUGAACAGCAACACAGCAACCUUCAGCAAUGGCAGCAGCAGCAGCAGCAGUAGCAGUAGCAGCAGUGGAGGACGAGAGCAGCUCAGCAAAACCAACCUUUACAUCCGCGGCCUUCCUCCAGGAACCACAGACCAGGAUCUGGUCAAACUCUGUCAGCCGUAUGGGAAAAUUGUGUCAACCAAGGCCAUCUUGGACAAAACUACCAAUAAAUGCAAAGGCUACGGCUUUGUGGACUUUGACAGUCCAGCCUCAGCUCAGAAAGCAGUCACAGCACUGAAGGCUGGCGGAGUGCAAGCUCAGAUGGCCAAGCAACAGGAACAGGACCCCACCAACUUGUACAUCUCCAACCUGCCUCUGUCCAUGGACGAGCAGGAGCUGGAGAAUAUGCUGAAGCCCUUCAGUCCGGCUAUUUCCACUCGCAUCCUCCGAGAUGCCAAUGGGACCAGCCGAGGAGUUGGCUUCGCCAGGAUGGAGUCAACAGAGAAAUGUGAGGCUAUUAUUCAACAUUUCAAUGGAAAAUAUAUUAAGACUCCUGCUGGAGUUCCAGCACCAUCCGAACCCCUGCUGUGUAAAUUUGCUGAUGGAGGUCAGAAGAAGCGUCAGAGCCAAGGGAAACAUCUGCAGAAUGGUCGACCCUGGACAAGAGACGGGGAAUCUGCAGGCCUCACUCUCACCUAUGACCCCACCACAGCCUUACAGAACGGAUUCUUCUCUCCAUACAGCAUCACCCCAAAUCGAAUGAUGGGACCAGCUUCCCUGUCUCCAUAUAUGCCUUCGCCCAUGUCCACCUAUCAGCUACACAAUCCAUCCUGGAUCCAUCAUCAGUCGUACAUAAUGCCGCCCACAGGAGCGGUCCUCACGUCAGGGAUGGAACACACCAUGUCCAUCCAGCCAACCUCCAUGAUGGGGCCUCUGACGCAGCAACUCAGUCACCUAUCCAUGGGUAGCAGUGGGACAUACAUGCCUGCAAACACAUCCAUGCAGGGGACCUACAUGCCCCCGUACCCCCAAGUGCCUCCCGCCAACAUCUCAGUUGAGGUAAGCUCUGUUUCCUCCAAGUUUAACACGAAAAAAAAAAGGGGACAAACAAUCACUCAUAAAAUUAAUCUAGACUGUUUCUCUAAGGAAAGUGCUGUCCAACAACCCGUUGCCAUAGAGACAUCCACAGAUCACACAACCUACUCCUACCAGCAUAACAAGUGAAGAGAUCUUCCUCCGGAGCCUGGUGCGACGGUUCAUAAGUGUUGACUCUGCACGUAACGCAACAGACACCUGGUUUGGGGGUGGGGGGGUGCAAAAGACAUGAACUGCUCCACAUAAACAGGAGAUGAAAACAAGGAUAUUUUCUAUAAACUCAUGUUUUAAAGCAAGCUCUUUUUACUCCAAGCAAGAUAAGCUGGAGGACAGUAGGGAAGCGAGACAAAGAACUACCAAGGACACACACUCUCACACACACCCACACACACACACACACACACACACACACACACACACACACAC